AUGGCGCAAUCAACAACUCUCAAGGUUCACCAAGUUUGCUCAGUGUCACCGCCACAAGAAACAUCACCAACCUCUCUACCCUUCACCUUCUACGAUGUCUUAUGGCUAAGGCUCCCACCCGUAGAGCGUCUCUUCUUCUACGAAUUCCUCAACCCCACCAUUUCCUUCUUUGAUUCCAUUCUCCCAAACCUCAAACACUCCCUUUCCCUCACUCUCCAACACUUUUUCCCUAUCGCUGGCACCAUCACUUGGCCUAAUGAUUCACCCCAACCCAUCAUCAACUAUGUCCCUGGCAACACCGUUCCCUUCACUGUAGCUGAAUCCAACGCUAAUUUCAACCGUUUAUGUUCCAACUUUUGUGAAGUCAAAGAACGCCAGCACUUGAUACCCCACUUAACCAUUUCUCAUGAACAAGCCUCUGUGUUGGCAAUUCAAGUUACCAUUUUCCCAAAGUUCGGUUUUUGCAUUGGAAUCACCACACACCAUGCAGCACUUGAUGGAAAGUCUUCAACUUUGUUUAUGAAAUCAUGGGCACACCUUUGUUCUCAUCUUAAACACUCGUCACAACCUUUGCCGUCACUACCUCAAGACCUAACACCUUCUUUUGAUAGAUCAAUGAUAAUAGACCCUUCGGGAAUCGGUGAAACUUACUUGAAGGCUUGGUUGACAGACGGUGGAGCAACGAAUAAUCGAAGCUUGAACGUGUGGAAGUCGCUAUGCACGUUACAGGACGAUGCGGUUAAAGGGUUGUUUGAAUUGACAUCAUCGGACAUUCAAAAGCUUAAGGAACAUGCGGAGUCUAAGGUUAACAAAAAGGUCUCGUUUGGACCCUCCAAUUUUGCAAAAUUAUUUUGGGAAUUGUGUUUUGUCACAGUUGGUUGUGAUGAAGAAUGAAAAAGUGUUGGGAAAUGAUGGGUUUAUUACAGGUGUUGAGGGGAUAAGUGAUGUGUUGAGUAGGUUAGAGGGUGGAGUGCUAAAUGGGGCAGAAAAUUGGAUAUCAAAGAUACAAUCUGUGG